AUGCCUGUUGGGGGCUGUGUUCCGGCCAGAGUGGCCGCGCAUAGAGUAGCUAUCUACAAGAGUGCAUCUUCGUCUGGCCUGAGGAAAACCAACCACCCAGCCUCGCAAGUUCUGACUAUCAUAGAUACGAACGCAUGCACGCGCGUGGAUACACGCACACACAUCAAGCACGCAACUGUGGACACAACUGCAUCCUGCCUUAACUACAUCUGCAACUAG